CGCCUGUGCAGCCCAAUGAAAGACUGGGUGUCGGUAUGUGACGCAAACUACACACCCAUUGACUAAUAGGACAUGUUCAUAACGAUUUAAAGCAAGGAUAAGGGUAUUUGGCUUAUAAAAUCUCCAGGAUAAAUCUGCAAACAUGGGAGAAAGGAAAGCUGUCAUUAAAAAUGCUGACAUGUCAGAGGAAAUGCAGCAGGAUGCUGUAGACUGCGCGACUCAGGCCCUUGAGAAGUACAACAUUGAGAAGGACAUUGCCGCCUACAUCAAGAAGGAAUUCGACAAAAAGUACAACCCGACAUGGCACGCAAUCGUUGGCCGCAACUUUGGAAGCUAUGUGACCCAUGAAACGAAACAUUUUAUCUACUUUUAUCUUGGACAAGUUGCCAUUUUGUUAUUCAAAUCCGGAUAAACAUACAAUUAACUAGUUCACAUAUAAGCCACGAUCUCAUUGCUCUUCAACAAAAUUCUAAUCUUUUCUGGUGGUUUCUGUGUAUCCCUGAUUAGUCAGUUCAUUUCAUAAAUUAAACAUGAACAACCUUUUAAACUAAUUAAACGCUACUUCAUGCCGAGCAUCGGAGUGUAAUAUUUGAAGUGUUCAUAAGAAGUGGGUUUUACCAUUGCAUCGCAAGCUUGUGUAAAACACUCAUUCGUGGUAGUGUUGUUACUGUAUAAACUAAGGAUCAAGCAUACAUUGGUCAUAUAUUAAUUAUUAUGCAAUAGUUUAUUUGUAUAUAGUAUUUUGUUACUGUUAUUAAACUUUGAACUUUAA